UAGUCAUGAUUACCGAUCCCAGCAGUCCUCAAGAUGACCUGGAAAAGACCGGUGGAGGAAAAGCAAUAAAUCUAUGGCGAAUGAGCCAAUUCCAUUUCUGCCGCGUCCCGUCAUGGUUCUGUCUAACGACACGAGCGUUCGACGAGUUUGUCGAGGAGAACGAACUAGUCCCACUUCUCACCGUCUCUCAAGACAUUCACUCAAAAGCUGCAGCGGUGGGAGAAGCGUUUAGAAGUGCUCGAAUACCUUACAAAUUAGAAGAAGAGAUUCUGAAGAGACUGGACGAGGAAGCAUUCCAGGAUAGAUUUGUGGCGGUGCGUUCGAGCGGAACGGAUGAGGACAGUGCUGCGCACUCGUUUGCUGGACAAUUUGAAACCUAUCUGUUCCGUCGAGGUGGCGACCAGGUACUUGAGGCGGUAAGACGCUGCUGGGCGAGCUGCUUUUCUGAACGCGUUAUGAAGCACAGGCAAGACUGUGGCAUGUUAGUGGCUGGAGUGAAGAUGGCAGUUGUCGUGCAGGUGAUGAUCGACUCUGAGUUCAGUGGUGUAGCGUUUUCACGACAUCCUUUGAAACCAAUCACGUCAAUGUGUGCUUACAUAGAAGCAGUUUUUGGACAAGGAGAAGGCCUUGUUAGUGGCGAACUGACAUCAGACAGCUAUGAGGCGGACAGACGGACGUUACAGGUAACCAGCAUUGUUGCCAAAAAGGAAGACAUGUUUGUACGGGCAUCAGAGAAUGGUGUCACAAAGGUUGCUGUUUCGGUUGAAAAACAGGACAAACGUGUGUUGACAGACCAACAGGCGGUCGAGAUCGCACAACUCGUCAUUGCAUUAGAAACGAAUCUGGGUCGACCUCAAGACUUUGAAUGGGCACACGAAAAAGGGAAUUUGUAUUGUCUUCAAGCUCGUCCAAUUGCCACGUUGCCUCCGACUUGUUUCCUCGACUUAUCAGUGAUCGGCUGCGUUCCUACUCUAUGGGACAACUCAAACAUUGUUGAAUCAUACAGCGGUGUUACAACUCCGCUGACGUUCUCAUUUGCUUCGAAUGCAUACUCAAGGGUGUACUCGUUGUCGUUGAAGAUUGCUGGUGUGCCUGACUCUGUAGUGCAACAUUACAAAUCAUAUUUGGACAACAUGUUGGGUUACGUUCGAGGAAAUAUAUAUUACAACUUGUUGAACUGGUAUCGAUGUUUGUCACUCAUACCUAUUGGAGACUCAUCAAAGUUUAUGGACACAAUGAUGGGAGUGAAACUGGCACUUGAAAAUGACUUAGAACAUUCAGUUUCUAGUAUCAAGAAGAAUGCACCUAAAUACAGCCUGUGGACGAAGGUUAAAGUUUUUGCUGGCAUUGCACACAAAAUUUAUUACAUUGACUCUUUCGUCGACAACUUCUUUGCAAAUUUUAACAUGCACUAUGAGGCUGCAUUGGCCAAGGAUCUAGAGUCAAUGUCUCUCGUUGAACUAAUGGAUCAUCUCAAGUAUCUUCAUGUUAACAUGUUGGAUAAAUGGGAAGUGCCAAUCUACAAUGACACAUAUGUGAUGAUUUUCUUUGGACUGUUGAAGAAACUCGUGACAAGAUUCAUGUGUACAGGCGAUGAUGACAAGGCUCAGUCACUGCAAAAUGACUUGCUCUGUGGGCAAGGUGAUGUUGAAAGCACAAAACCAACAAAAAUGUUGAUGAAGAUAGCACAGCAUAUAGACUCUACAGGUGGUCCUCUGCGUCAGUGGUUUUUGACUGAACGAGAAGAAGUUGCUCAACUGUUGGAGUCGGGGACAAAAGCAAGCACGGUCGUUUCUGAAGGUGUUCGUCAUCGACGAUCUUCUUCUGCCUCGGUGAAUAGAAGAGAAAACGGAACGAGAGAUUUGUCAGCUCAAAAGUCAGAGGUGCUGCUUCAUAUACGAGACUUCCUUACAAGAUAUGGAUUUCGUUGUGUGGAUGAGUUGAAACUCGAAUCAAAGACUCUACAUGAUGAUCCCGGGUUUGUAUUGGAUGCCAUUGCUGGCUACAUUCGUUCUCAAUCAUAUUCGGUCGAAUCGAUGGAAAAACGAGAGAAAGAGAUCAAAGAGAAGGCAGAAGCUGAAGUGACAUCAAAGUUACCGUUUCACAAACGUGUUCUCUUCAACUGGGUUCUAUUUCAUGUGCGACGAGGCAUUCGUCACCGAGAGAACACGAGGUUUGCUCGUACCAAGAUGUGGGGUUGCUUUCGAUCUGCAUUUCGUGCAAUCGGAUCAUCUCUGGAACGGCUUAGUCUCAUUGAUAAUAAACUGGAUGUAUUCUAUUUGACUGUUGAUGAGCUAUUUGCAUUUACGGACGGAAGAUCUGUGACGAACAACCUUCGAGGUCUUAUUGAUCUACGGAGGGUCGAAACUGACGAAUAUCGGAAGAGCCUGCCUCCUCCGGAGAGAUUCGCGACUCGAGGUGCGUGUGGCCCGUACUGGCGGUUUCCUGCUCUGUUGGAUGACUUGAACUUGUUGAAGCAGUUGGAGGCCGAGGCUUCAUCUGAUCCGAAUGUUCUGAAAGGGACUCCUUGCUGUCCCGGUGUCGUCGAGGCAGCCGUUCGUGUCGUGAGCUCCAUCGACGAAGCUCGUUCUCUAGACAACGAGAUUCUUGUAACUGCUCGAACAGAUCCCGGUUGGGUGCCUCUGUACCCCAUGUGUAAGGGCUUGUUGAUCGAGAGAGGAAGUUUGCUCUCUCAUUCUGCUGUCGUUGCAAGAGAAUUGGGUUUGCCUACUAUCGUCGGUGUGUCUGGUGGAUUGAUGAAACGACUGAAGACUGGUAUGAGAGUGCAUAUGGAUGCUGGAAAGGGGCGAGUUACAAUUUUGAGAGACGAAGAUGUGAGCAAGAUAUCGGAAAGUUAAUUAAUGCAGCCAGCACUUAAUUAAAUUGGUGGGUUUCCAAUAUGGAGACAGUGAACAGACGUUGCCGAGUUGUCAAUGAUAAACAACACAACAGUUGUCAGAUGACAUGUUUCCGACUGUUAAUUACCGUAUGGGCAAUUGUUGAAUGAAAUCAGACGAUAUACUGUAUGUACACUACACGUACAAAGAUGGUAAGAUAGAUUGACGCAUGCGUGGGCCAAGGGGUUAUGGGGCCCUUGCCACUGCAGCUGCGUUGUAUAUAUCACCUGCACCGUCUCAAAAAAAUUGAAGCUUUAGACUUAAUUAAAACAAAUUUCAAAGGAAUUCGUUUCAGUAAACGAAAGAAUUAAGUCAGCACGUGCACGUCUACUGUAAUUACAGUCAAAAAAGAAACAAAUUAAAAAAGUUUGGAGCACAUUGGACUGACUAUCGUACAGUUGUUGUUUGUUCUUCUCACAGUUGCCUGGCGGCAAUAACUUGCAGGGAGUCGUAAUGCUUGUCUCCUUGCAUACGUGUAUUUCUC